AAACUCUAUAGCCAGUGAAGUUAUUAUAAUUUUUUAUAAAAUUAAUAGGUGCGCUGCUAAAGAAUAAUGGUAAAAGUAUAAGGUUUCGCGACUUCGAUUACAUUAAUCCAUACUUUAAGAUUUGCAAAAUAUUAAUUUAUAAGAAUAUUAUUAAAAAAACAAUUCAUUAAAUCAACAAUUUUGUUUACGUGGUAAAAAAACAAUCGAAUUUUUUCAUAUCAGGGUAAUUAUUGGAAGUAAUUGUCGGAAAUUGACCCUUGAUAACCCGAAAACUUAUGACAUAAAUAAAUAAAAUAAUACUUUGCCGAUAACUUUCAAUGAAUAAAUAAAACAUAUAAUGUAAUGUAUUGACUGUCAUAUGUAACGAGAAGUUUCGAGUAACAUUUCUCUCGUUACAUACACGAAUCUUGACUCAGUGACAAUCCCUUGCGGCAGUCGGGUCUGGUAACUAAGCGAUUCCAGUCGCGUUUCAGCACUAAGGUUUCUUUGUUGUCUAGGGAAUGGAUGACAUUAAAGUACCUUAGGGUUCAUUUGUUAUUUUUUAAAAAUAUUUUAUCUUUUUUAGAUAUGAUUUUUAUUUUUUUUUAAUUUUAGUUAAAGUGUAAAUUAUUUUUUUUUGCUGUGAAGUGUUAAUUUUUGUAGUUAUACUUAAAAAAUUUUAAUAAAAUAAAUAAUUUAUUACAAUAAAAAUGGCUAAUAACGAAUCUAGUGUAUCAAAAUCACAAGGUGCGACACUUUCUUGGCGUGAUUUAUCUGUUUACGCUAUGGAUCGAAGUAAUAUCAUUUGCAAACAGCUUGUGAAUAAUGUUCGAGGGAUUGUUAAGCCCGGAGAUCUAACAGCAAUUUUAGGAGGAAGCGGAGCAGGAAAAAGUUCUCUUAUGACAGCUUUAGCUUAUCGUACAGCUCCUGGUAUUAUUGUACACGGGGACAUUAGGGUCAAUGGACAGAGAGUAGAUCCUUCUUAUAUGAGACACCACACGGGUUUCAUGCAUCAAGAAGAUAUAUUUAUCGGUACUAUGACUGUACUGGAACAUUUGUGGUUUAUGGCGCAAAUGAAACUGGAUAGAAGAAUAUCAAAGUUUGAAAUCCACGAACGGAUAAAUGCAUUACUUCGCGAAGUUGGCUUGCACGAUAGGCGAAACGUGAGAAUCGGUGCAGGUGGUGACGAUAAAGUUUUAUCUGGAGGAGAGAAAAAGAGACUGGCGUUUGCAACAGAACUUCUAACGGAUCCUAAAAUACUUUUCCUGGACGAGCCGACAACCGGCCAGGACUCAAAUUCAGCGAGCUCAUUAAUUUCAAGACUAACGACGUUCGCCCAUCGCGGUCGAACGGUCUUAUGCACAAUUCAUCAGCCAAGCUCGUCUAUUUUUGAUGAAUUUGAUCGGAUUAUUUUAGUUGCUGACGGGAGAAUCGCUUUUGCUGGUACUAAAGCCGCAGCCAUUGAUUUUUUCUCCAAACAAGGCUAUGAAUGCCCCAGCAAUUACAAUCCAGCGGAUUUUUUAGUAGCGACUUUAGCUAUCACUCCGCGAGAAGAAGAAACAAGUCGGCGGACAGCUCAACGAAUUUGCGAUGCUUUUUUAACUAGUGACGCUUGUCAAGAAAUAGAUGUUGCCCUACAGCUUGAAAAUCAUAUUUCAAAUACAUACAAUUGGAGUAUGAGCGCUUACGAACCCGAAUUUAAACAACCUUACUGGUGGUCGAGAUUAUUUUGGCUAACUCACCGAGGGUUCAACCAAGUAAUAAGGGACCCAUCUGUUCAAUUAAUAAGAAUAGUUCAGAAAUUGUGUGUCGCCGUGAUGGCAGGACUGUGUUUCAUUGGUGCAAUAAAUUUAGAUCAACUUGGUAUUCAGGCGGUUCAAGGAGUACUUUUCAUUCUUGUUACUGAAAAUGCAUUUUUUCCAAUGUACGCGACACUAUCAUUAUUCCCUCAGGAAUUUCCGCUUUUUAUACGCGAACACAGAGCCGGAAUGUAUCCCACUCAUCUUUACUACAUUUCUCGGAUGGUAUCACUGGUACCAGGAUUAAUUAUAGAACCAGUACUAUUUACCAUGAUUGUUUAUUGGCUCGUUGGUUUACGAAGUUCUAUAGAGGCGUUUGGGUUGACAUUACUUGUCACUAUUUGUACAAUGAACGUUUCUACAGCAUGCGGAUGCUUUUUUUCAGCUGCCUUUGAGAUUGUCCCAUUAGCAAUGGCAUAUUUGGUACCUUUUGAUUACAUUCUUAUGAUAACAAUGGGACCUUUUGCAAAACUCAGCUCACUGCCGAUUUUUAUAAGAUGGGUCCGAUACAUUUCAUGGCUUCUUCACUCGACAGAAGCUCUGACAAUCGUUCAAUGGAAAGAUGUCUCCAAUAUCUCGUGUGCAUUUGAAAGAUCUGGACUACCGUGCAUUCAAAAUGGAACUCAAGUUAUGGACAUCUAUGAUUUUAAUGAAGGAAAUUAUUGGACUGAUAUUCUUUCUAUGUUUAUUAUCUUUACUUGUUUUCAUCUUUUAGGAUAUUAUUGUCUUUGGCGAAGAUCUCGACUAAAGUAAAUUUUUAUGUUUUAAUUAUUAAUGAAUUGAAAAAUUUGUAAAUUGGUCAUCUGUCAUUUUAUAUCUGAUAGUCAAUAAAAAAAUUAACUAAUUUAAUAAUAAACAAUUUACAAUUAA